AUGGGCAACGUGAUGGAGGGGAAGUCGGUAGAGGAGCUGAGCAGCACCGAGUGCCACCAGUGGUACAAGAAGUUCAUGACCGAGUGCCCCUCGGGCCAGCUCACCCUCUACGAGUUCCGCCAGUUCUUUGGCCUCAAGAACCUGAGCCCGUCCACCAGCCAGUACGUGGAGCAGAUGUUUGAGACCUUCGACUUCAACAAAGACGGCUACAUUGACUUCAUGGAGUACGUGGCGGCCCUCAGCCUGGUCCUCAAGGGGAAGGUGGACCAGAAGCUGCGCUGGUACUUCAAGCUCUACGAUGUGGACGGCAACGGGUGCAUCGACCGGGACGAGCUGCUCACCAUCAUCCGGGCCAUCCGAGCCAUUAACCCCUGCAGCGACUCCACCAUGAGUGCGGAGGAGUUCACCGACACCGUCUUCUCCAGGAUCGAUGUCAAUGGGGAUGGGGAGCUGUCCCUGGAGGAGUUCAUGGAGGGUGUCCAGAAGGACCAGAUGCUCCUGGACACGCUGACGCGGAGCCUGGACCUCACCAGCAUUGUGCGCCGGCUCCAGAACGGGGAGCAAGACCAGGAGGGGGCCGGGGGUGGUGCGGCUGAGGCGGCCGGUUGA